ACGCGCCUGUUUAACUGUGAAGCGCGCCGUAGCGCGUCUCGGUGUGUGUCUUUAAGUAGUACGCUGCGGUAGGAGGAGUUGUAGCGGUUGUGACGCCGCCAGCGGAGCCGUGGUGCUGAGCUGAACAGCGCCUGUCCACCUGCAGUAGGGCGCAAGACCGACCGGGACAAUAUUCUCUCGCAUCGCUCAGCGGAACCCUGCAAACCGACAGCACGUCUCACAGGAAUUAUCUCCACGUUUGCGAAUAACAAACAUCUGCCUCCUCUGCCGAUGGCCAAAAUGAAAACCGGCUGCGCGAUUCUUGUGGCGUGUGCCUUAGUUGCGGGCACCUCUUUGGGGAGUCACGGAAACGCUCAGACCAUCGCUCCAUGCAGACCAGGUUUCUCCCAGAGUUUCUACACCGUAUUUGUCCCCAGGGGUGUGCUGCAAGGCCUGAACAUUCACAAAGAUACCCUGCUGUCAUCUGGCCAUGUGAAGUUCGAAACCUGUCAACAAAUAGAGGAGGUAUCUUUCGAAAGCAGUGACCCAAAGUUCAGCAUUCGGCGGGAUGGCUCUCUUUACGCAGGGCAACAUGUGACGAAUCUAACUGAACCUAUCCAGUUCAUGGUGACAGCCAGAGACAGAGCGGGCAACUAUAUCUGGGAGACCACUGUUAAACUGGCCCUCGCUGGACACCUGCUAUCACCUCCCGUUAACCAGUUUGCUGGGGAUGGUAUUUAUGGCGGAUCCUCCCACAACCACUAUCAAAAUCCCAGACUCAUUACGUUUCCACGACAACACCAGCGAGGCUCGUCCAAUGGACUGCGGCGACAGAAGCGAGACUGGGUCAUUCCACCAAUCAACGUGCCUGAAAACUCCAGAGGACCCUUCCCUCAAGUUCUCGUCAGGAUUCGAUCAGACCAGGAUAAAGAGAUUGAGAUUCGGUAUAGUAUAACAGGAGCCGGAGCAGACCAACCUCCCAAUGACGUCUACAUUAUUGAUCCUGUGACAGGGAAAAUGUCUGUCACUAAACCUUUGGACAGAGAGGAGAGAGCCUCCUACCAUCUCAGAGCUCAUGCAGUGGAUAUUAACGGGAACCAAAUGGAGCCCCCUAUUGAUCUGUACAUUUAUGUCAUUGACAUGAAUGACAACAGACCCGAGUUUAAGAACCAGGUCUACAACGGAUCAGUUGCAGAAAUGUCCAAACCAGGCACUUCUGUAAUGCAGGUAACGGCCUUUGACGCCGAUGACAGCACCACGGCAAACGGGCUGGUGCACUAUCGCAUCCUGAGCCAGACACCACACAUCCCCAUUCCCAACAUGUUUACUAUUAAUGGAGCCACUGGAGAGAUCAGCACCAUCGCUACAGGCAUCGAUAGAGAGAAAGUGUCUCAGUACAGCAUCAUAGUCCAGGCCACCGAUAUGGAGGGCAGCCUAAACUUCGGCCUUUCCAACACCGCCACGGCUCUCAUUAGCAUCACUGACAUCAACGAUAACCCUCCGGAGCUGGACUCUAAAACAUUCCUAGGAGAGGUCCCAGAGAAUGCUGUGGGUGUGGUGGUGGCCAAUUUGACAGUAAGAGACAAGGACCAGCCUCAUACACCAAAUUGGAACGCCGUCUAUAGGAUUACAGGAGGAGAUGCGAUGGGCCAUUUCGCUAUACGCACUGAUGAGGUCACCAAUGACGGCAAGGUCAUAGUGGUUAAGCCGGUGGACUAUGAGAGGAACGAUGCCUUCACGCUGAUGGUGGUGGUCACCAACCAAGCUCACCUGGCCAGCGGGAUCCCCUCCUCGCCGUCCUCAUCUGCUGCUGUUUCCAUCAAAGUACUGGAUGUCAACGAGGCCCCUGUCUUCCCGUCCAACCCUAAAAUCAUCCGUUUUGAAGAGGGAGUGCCUGCUGACACCACCCUCGCUACUUUUGCUGCACUGGAUCCAGACCGCUUCAUCCAGCAGACUAUCAGGUACUCCAAACUGUCAGAUCCAGCCAACUGGCUGAAAAUCAACAGGACCAAUGGAAGGAUUACCACCACGGCGGUGCUGGACCGUGAAUCACCGUAUAUGAAGAAAAACGUGUAUGAAGCGACCUUUUUGGCGGUGGAUAAUGGUUCCCCUCCUGCCACAGGAACUGGCACUCUCCAGAUUUAUUUGAUAGAUGUGAACGACAACGUGCCUGUAUUAGUUCCUCAAGAGGCUCUGGUCUGCGAGAGGUCACGGCACGGGUAUCCAGUCAACAUCACAGCCUCGGAUUUAGAUUCAGAGCCCAACGCCGGCCCGUAUGUCUUUGAGCUGCCCUCUUACCCCUCUUCUGCCCGCCGUAACUGGACCAUUUCACGCCUGAAUGGUAAUUAUGCCCAGCUGAAACUCCGGAUCCCAUACCUGGAGGCGGGCAUGUACAGAGUUCCCAUCUUAGUUUCCGACUCGGGAAACCCUCCGCUGUCCAACACCUCUGUCUUGAAGGUGAAGGUGUGUCCCUGUGAUGAAAACGGAGACUGUACUGUGAUCGCAGUGACUGUGGCCGGGCUGGGGACAGGAGCCAUCAUCACCAUCCUCAUCUGUAUCAUUAUACUGCUCAGUAUGGUUCUGUUCUUUGUGGUGUGGGUGAAGCGAAGGGAGAAGGAGCGUCAGACGAAACCCUUAUUGAUCGACCCUGAGGAUGACGUCAGAGAUAAUAUCCUGAAGUAUGAUGAAGAGGGAGGAGGAGAGGAAGAUCAGGACUAUGAUCUGAGUCAGCUGCAGCAGCCCGAGUCUCUAGAUCACAUUAUGAGCAAGCCUGCAGGUGUGCGGAGAGUGGACGAGAGACCCGUUAUCCUAGAAUCUCAGUACCCUGUCCGGCCCACGGUGCCACACCCAGGGGACAUCGGCGAGUUCAUCAUUGACGGCCUGCGCGCGGCGGAUAACGACCCCACUGCUCCUCCCUACGACUCCCUGCUGGUGUUUGACUACGAGGGCAGCGGCUCCACAGCGGGCUCCGUUAGCUCCCUGGACUCCUCCAGCUCUGGAGAACAGGACUACGACUACCUCAAUGACUGGGGUCCUCGCUUCAAAAAGCUGGCAGACCUCUACGGAGGAGGGGGAGAGGACUGAAGGUGGGAACUCGAGGAAGACGGAGGGGAAUGGAGAGGGCCAGGAGGGACAAUUGGCUUCUCGGAUGUUUUAUCGAGAAGUCGCACGCCAAGCCUCCAAGUGGGCUGAUUAUCUCUCAACUAAAGUUCCUCUGCAAGCUACGGAGGCAUCGAGAGGGGAGGAUAUUGCCCUGCAGCCUGCUCUGGACCUUUGCUGCAAUCCACAAGUAUUUUACGGCUUUUUACAAUAUUUCGCGUUGUGGUUUCUUCAGUGUUGUUUUGUCACUCCUCUCGGACCGCCUAGAGGCUCAAGAUGGAAUCGAGUUGCGACGACGAAUUCUCAGCGUGCGAGAAUCAAAAAGAAAAAAAAACGAGUGCGCACGCUCGUUUUUUCGUUCGCUUUAUCACUAAAGAGAGUUCCACACACACUUUUUCUCUCAACUUGAAUUUCAGUAGAACAGAAGCACUGUUGUUGAUAAAGUGCCUUUUGUGGUGUGUUUUGUAUCGGACUCCUGCAAUCUCAGGGUCGGUUGCCAUUUUGAAAAGUUUCUUCUGUUGGGCACACACUCCCCCGUUCCUGUCUGCUCCUCUCGACUACCUUUUGCUUUCCUUUCAUCCCUGCAUUACCGGUGCAGAACACCUCUUUGACUACUACGCGGAAAACAAACAAAGGAAACAGAGAAUGUUUUGUCAAGACUUUUGUUGAUAAACACAGGACUCAUUUUCCCUUCACAAAUCUCUUUCUCCCUUGAGAAAUUGGAGUGUAUGAAAUACAGUGAUCCAAUUCGAAAAAAUCAUAUUUUUUUCUUUCGGUUUUUGUUUUUUUGUUUUGGUUUUUUAACUUGACCGACCACGACCAUAUAAUGUUAUGUUGUGUAAUGGUUGUGUAAAAAAUCAAGGUCUUUAUUUUAAAAGAAGAAAAAAUAUUACUGGAGAAUGCCUUUUAGCUCAUACUCUUGCCUGCCUUGUACGAUUUUGUGUUGCGUUUCCGAAUUGUAAAGGUAAUUUAGGCAUGACAAGUUGCCAGACAGUGAGACUAAAAGUGAUGGCUGAAGAAACCCGACUCUAAAAGGAUUGCAUCAGAAGAAACCUUCUUUUUUGUCUUGAACAUUCCCCUUUUCUAACUUUAUAAGUUGAUUAAAAUAUUAUACGUGCAUGACUUCUUUCAAAACAAUGUCUCAGAUCUCUCGCACUUGUUCCUCUGUGGUCAGAAUGUGAAAAGUAGUUGGCAAAGAAUAUACACCAUACGGAAUAAAUAUAAUCUGAAAAAAUAAAAAUAAAAACCAAAAAAAGAUUCAAAAAUGUUUAAAAUGCUGUAAAAUA